UGCAGAAGAAGAAAUCCUAAAUUUUAAGAGGUUUUAUAAAAGGAUUUACAGUUUCACUUCUUCUUCUUCUUCGUGUUCAUCAUUGAGAGUAAUCGGCGAUGGCCGCUUUAGAGUACUUAGAUUCACUUCGAAAUGCACAUCCAGAGCUAUCCGAUUGGUACAAUACGCUAUCAGAUCUGUACCAGCGCAAGCUCUGGCACCAGCUUUCUCUUAAGCUCGAACAAUUCGUUGCCCUCGCCGUUUUUCAGGCAGGCGAUGCACUGAUACAGCUGUAUCACAAUUUCAUCACUGAUUUUGAGACAAAGAUCAAUCUUCUCAAGCUUGCACAUUUUGCAGUCAUUGUUUCCCGGCGGUAUGCAGAGAAAGAAGCUGCUAUAGGUUACCUUGAAGGAGUGAUCGAGAAACUUCAAAAUACUAAGGAGACACGCAUAGAGGAGCCAAUUCUAUACAUUAAGUUGCAGAUUGCCCUAUUUAAGCUUGAACAAGGGGAUCAAAAAGAUUGCAAGAUUCUUUUAGAAGAGGGGAAGACUACACUUGACAGCAUGACUGACAUUGAUCCCUCUGUUUAUGCUAGCUAUUAUUGGGUUUCGUCUCAAUACCAUAAAGCUCGCCAGGAGUUCGCCGAGUUUUACAGAAGUGCUCUUCUUUAUCUUGCAUACACUUCUGUGGAAUCUCUUUCUGAAUCGUUUAAGCUGGAUUUGGCGUUUGAUUUAUCUCUGUCAGCUUUGCUGGGAGACAACAUAUACAACUUUGGUGAACUGCUUGCUCAUCCAAUUGUAAAUAGCCUCUUGGGGACCAAGGUUGAGUGGCUCUAUCAUAUUCUUGAAGCAUUCAACACCGGCGAUUUGAUUCAUUACCAAGAAUUGUGCCAUGUCCAUCAAGCUGCAUUGAAUGCUCAACCAGCAUUAGUGCAGAACGAGAAAAAGCUUCUGGAGAAGAUCAACAUUCUCUGCUUGAUGGAAAUAAUCUUCAGUCGCGCGGCAGAAGAUAGAACUAUCCCAUUGAGUGUCAUCGCAGAGCGCACAAAGUUGGGUGUGGAAGAUGUUGAAUAUCUCCUCAUGAAGAGCCUUUCUGUGCAUCUGAUUGAGGGAAUAAUUGAUCAAGUGGAGGGGACAAUUCAUGUCUCCUGGGUGCAACCAAGAGUUCUUGGAAUCCCCCAAAUCAAGUCAUUGCGUGAUCGGCUAGACAAUUGGGUGGAGAAAGUUCACACUACUUUGCUAUCAGUAGAGGCUGAAACUCCUGAUUUAGUUGCAUCAUAAAUCAUAAUCAAGCAGAGACGCUAGCGAAACUAAAUCUAGUUUCUUGGGUUGUCAUUGUCCCGAUUUACGUAACAAAUUCAAUGAUCUCAAUGUGUUUUUAAGGGAAGCUGGUGCUUGUUAUUGUAUUUAAUUUCGUCAGGUUCAUAAUGACAUUCCUAGGGAAAACAAGGAGCCAAGUUGUGAAAUGGCUGUACUUUACUACUUUAGAUACUUAGAUCUUUUAUGCACUAGAAUCUAAAAGAAUCCAGUUUUUGAUGGAUGUUUUGCGUCCUUUGCUUUCUGGUUUUUGACCUAUUCUUUUGUUUGCUACGUUCCCUGAACAGUUAAUGAAGUGGACACGAACAACCUUUGUUGGA